AACCCUCGGAAAAUGGCAUACCAAAACUACAAUGAGAAGUACUACAGGUGGCGAUACCCCUAUGACGAGUACGAGGCAGCACGUCCGAGGCAGCACAAGGGUCAUGUGACACAUAGGACGACAAACCAUGAAGCCAAAGUAGAAGGGAACGUGGAGAGUAGUGAGGAAAGUACUAGGUUUGGUAAUCACAGUGCUUUCAAGAGCGUCGACCAAGAAGCUGAGGCGUUUAUUCAGUACGAGCAUAGAAGGAUGGAAUUAGCCAGGCUCGCGUCAAUCAGGCCUGAAUGACUGACUCUCUUCAUUCUUAUCAUCAAAGGUUAAUUUGGUGUACCCUUAAAAUGGUUAAAAAAAUUUGGAAUGAGUUUUUCAUAGAAUGUUUUUAUCAAUAACUCAUUCCUUAAUUUUUUAGCUACUUUUUAAGAUCCCAUCAAAUGAAUCGUGCCCAUAUUACCCACAUCUCAUAUCAUGUACAAAAAUAAUACACGCGUCGCGUACUUGGACAUGUUUUUCUUUUUUUGUUUUACCUAAAUAAAUGCAUCAAGGCCUCACUCGUUUGGCAUGUUGUAAUUGUUUCAACCCUUCUUUCAAUUUCCUUAUUUCCCCCAAUUUCAGGAUGCUUUGUUGCAUAAUGCAAACAGCAAUCUAUGAUAUGAUAUGUAAAAUUGCGUGAUCAAAAUGAAUACCAAUCGUAUCGUUCG